AAACGCAGCGUCACUACGCCAGUCUGUCAACAUGACAGUGAUCACAGCGCUCUUCAUUUAAAGCUCCGACAGAUAACAGCUGGCUGACACACCACGAGGAUUUAACCAGGAAUAUAUUCAUGAGACAUAUGGACACAUUGAUGAUCUUGUGUUGAUAGCUGUGUUAUUCUGCUUAUUAAACAUGUUGCAUCAUUAUGUUCCGGGAUGAAGCUCGCAGCAUGGUUAAUCAUUGACUGAAGAUGGCAGUCAAAGUUCUGCUUUACUGGCCCAAUAUUAUUGGAUACUUUCGCAUUGGCCUUGUGUUUGCUGCUUGGGCUACCUUUGAAACACCAGCAGUGUUUGUUCCUCUUUACUCUCUCUCCACAGCUCUUGAUGGAGUGGACGGCUGGGUGGCGAGGAGGCUGGGACAGACCUCCAGAUUUGGGGCCUGGCUGGAUGUAGUGGUGGACAACCUGAGCAGAGGCAUGCUGUGGAGCCGGCUGUAUGAGUGGGGUUGGCUGGUGUCCGCACUAGAGUGGUGUGUGUUUGUGUGUAACCACAACACUCGAGGUGACCGUUGGAAGGACAGCUUCACCAGCAGCCCUGCUCUCAUACGAGCCAUCAUGGCCAACGGGUUUCGGACACCCCUGGGCACGUGGGUGGUGAGCGGGCUCCACUGCCUCCCUCUGUGGCUGUACGGCUACCAGCGAGGUUUACUGUCCCGCUGGUUCUAUCUGCCACUCUGGAUUGAGGCUCCAGGGACCAUGCUGCUGGCUGUAGGUCGUCUGCUGGCUCUGACAGUAGAGAUGUGGUGUAUAUGGACACACGUUGGAUUCCUCACCGGUGACGAGCCUGAAGAGAAGAAGAACUGAAAUCCAUACGCAAUUAUUUCCUGAUCUCGCCUCAGUUUAAAAAACAAACAAAAAAAACAAACUAAAUCAAUAGACAUGAUUGAUUUUUGUGUAUGGCUGCUGCUGAGAUACAAGGUAAGGCUCAUCUCCCCUCUGCUGCUGUCAGACUGUGUUGUAACAGCAUGAAUGAAUGAAACAUUAAUAAUCCCCAAACUAGAGAUCACUUCAUUCAUAGCAGCUUAAAAUUACAUUAUAUAUGCAAAUAUACACCAUACACACCUAUCAAAUAUACACAUAUACAAAUAAACAGAUAGCAUCAUACUAAAAUAUUGCGUUGGAAAUUGGAUAAUUGCACAUAAGGUGAAACAUAAGAAAAAUCUGAUGAAUGAUGAAUGAAUAAAUAAGAUGAUGAUGUGAUGAGAGGUGUUGUAUCCCCUGUGGAGCCUCGAGGACACUCAGUAAACUUAACCAGUACAUAGAGUCUCUUUCUUUUCCUCGCUUUGCUUCCACCUCAAUAUAAAACACUGUGUAACAGAGCACUGAUGCUACCACAGCAUCAUUCAAUGCUCCAACUAACUCCAACUAAAGGGAACACAAGAAUACACAGAUUUAUUUUUGUUAGUUAAAGGGAACACAAUGGCACUGUCUAUUUACUGGAAUAGAGAUGUCAUGUAAGCACUUUAGAUAAGUCAGCAUGACAGUUAGAAAUGAGAGAAAUGUUUGCACUAAAGGGAAAGCUUGAUUUAUUAUACACACAUAUAAUGAUGCUUUACCUCUGUUGUACAGGAAGCCAGUGUAAAACUCGUAUACAGGUUAACACUGCACACUUUUUAACACAGUUGAAUGUAGCUGUAAGCAGAUUUGAACUUUAUUAACCCUCCUGCUGUUUUCCUGUUGAUUGUGUAACCUAAGGAUAUGGUAGAAAUGAGGUGUUAGACCUUUUUAACAAAAGUCAUUUCAACUUAUGUUUGGAAAUUAAUUAACAGGCCUCAUUUAGAUGAAAUUAUACCUCAGUCUUGAAUUGUCCUCAUGGGUCAAAAUGGAGCAGAGGACAACAGGAGGGUUAAUGUACUUUUAUAAAGAGAUUUUAUACAGUUGACAAUGAAAUAAACACAUCUGCUUACAGCUACAUUAUAGUGUUCUAUAAGUCAUUUAGUAAAUGUUCAGAUAGUGAUUAAUAAUGAUCUAUAGUGGAAUUUGAAGUGUUAUCUUACAUGCAGGGAAUUAUGUUUGUGUUAAAGAAAAAAACAGGCUAAAUGUGCAUCUCUCAGCUGUAUACCUGUUGCAAAAACCAUUUUAAAA